ACAUUCCAGCUGAGGAGGUAGAGGGCAGCCAGGUGCUACAGCAUCGCCCCGCCCUGUGCUGAGGGAGCCACUGUCUCUUGGGGAAAGGGACGCUCACUGAAUUCCUUGCUUCGUAGUGCUGAGGACCGGUGACCUCUGCAUCAGCUAACCAUGGAACAGCUUGGCUCUGGCCACCAGCCCCUUAGCUGAGGACUCCAUCAAGGGCCCACUGCCCAUUCCCCAUCAUGGAGGCUGAGAGGACCCUUCCAGCCAGGGGAGCUGCCCUUUGAAAACCGUGGUCGGGUCCUGCUGGUUCUCCCUGCCAGCCAUCUUCAAGAGAGGCUCCUGUUCCUGCUGGCCCACGGAUGGGGAGGUGGGCCCUGGACGUCGCCUUUGUGUGGAAGGCGGCACUGACCCUGGGCCUGGUCCUUCUGUACUACUGCUUCUCCAUAGGCAUCACGUUCUACAACAAAUGGCUGACAAAGAGCUUCCACUUUCCGCUCUUCAUGACCAUGCUGCACCUGGCCGUGAUCUUCCUCUUCUCCGCCCUGUCCAGGGCACUGGUUCAGUGCUCCAGCCACAAGGCCCGGGUGGUGCUCAGCUGGACCGACUACCUCAGAAGAGUGGCCCCCACAGCACUGGCAACAGCACUUGACGUGGGCCUGUCCAACUGGAGCUUCCUCUACAUCACCGUGUCACUGUACACGAUGACCAAAUCCUCUGCCGUGCUCUUUAUCCUGAUCUUCUCUCUGAUCUUCAAGCUGGAGGAGCUGCGUGCAGCCCUGGUCCUGGUGGUCCUGCUCAUUGCUGGGGGCCUCUUCAUGUUUACCUAUAAGUCCACGCAGUUCAACGUGGAGGGCUUUGCCUUGGUGCUGGGGGCUUCGUUCAUCGGUGGCAUCCGCUGGACCCUUACACAAAUACUCCUGCAGAAAGACGAACUCGGCCUCCAGAACCCCAUUGACACCAUGUUCCACCUGCAGCCACUCAUGUUUCUGGGACUCUUCCCUCUCUUUGCCAUUUUUGAAGGUCUCCACCUGUCCACCUCUGAGAAGAUCUUCCGCUUCCAGGACUCAGGGCUGCUCCUGUCGGUGCUUGGGAGCCUCCUCCUUGGUGGGAUUCUGGCCUUCGGCUUGGGCUUCUCCGAGUUCCUCUUGGUCUCCAGAACGUCAAGCCUCACGCUCUCCAUCGCUGGUGUCUUUAAGGAAGUCUGCACCCUGCUGUUAGCAGCUCACCUGCUGGGCGACCAGAUCAGCCUCCUGAACUGGCUGGGCUUCGCCCUCUGCCUCUCUGGCAUCUCCCUGCAUGUGGCCCUCAAGGCCCUACAUUCCAGAGGUGAUGGUGGCCCCAAGCCCCUGAAGGACCUGGGCUCUAGCGCUGACCUGGAGCUGCUGCUCCGGAGUAGCCAACAGGAGGAAGAUGAUGGUGAAGAGGAGUAUUUUGUGACCCAGGGGCAACAGUGACCAGCCUGGGAACAGCAGAAGCAGGCCACUCUGCGGUCAACACUGCUGGAAGAUCUUGGCCAGGCCCAGCGGCCCAGCCGGUUCCUCAGAGUGGCUGCAAGUGGUGGCCUCAGUGCUUCCUGCAAGGACUCUAAGGCUCUGGCUGUUCCCUAUGGAGUUUGGUCCCAAAAAGCGAAUGCCAGGCUCACCUAGGACCUAAGCUGUCAGUGAAGGGAGCCAGUGGCCUGUCUCCACUGUUGUUCUGUUCUGAGAGCCAGGGUGAACGUGAGAGGUGAGGUAGUCUCUCAGAUUCGGACUGUGGGGUAUCUGGAAAGGAGUCAUGGAGAGGCUGGGCCUCAUCACCUGGACAGCAGCUUCCUCAGAGAGUAGAUUUAUUUAUAGUUGAAAUCAUGAUUUCUGUCUCCACAGCCCAGUGUUGCCUAAGGCAUGAGAGCAGGGAGAGCCCUGGGGCCUGGCCUCUCCUCUGUUCCCUGCCUGGGGCCUGGCCUCUGCCCUGCCUUCUGUAGCUCAUGCUCCUGUUUGUGCCCCAGGCCCCAUCCUUGGGGCCACACCAUGGACCCACCACAGGAAAUAAAUGAGUGUUUGCUCAGUA